UUGGCGGAGUUUGGAGGCUGGACGGAUCGCCCAAUGAGCGAGGCGGGCGCCCUUCCUCCGCGCGCGCCUGGCCUCCGAAGCGGCCAUUAGUGGGACCCCAAUCCUCCCCCCUCGUGCGCGCCUCUUGCCUCGCUCUCGCGGAGAAACAACAAUAUCCAAAAACCAAGAAAUCCCGUGCCUUGCCCAAAGCCCCUUACAUUAAAGGAGACUGACAUCAGUUUAAAACCACUUCUUUCUGUGGAAUCCUGUUGUUCUGCAUCAAACCCUGUAGGAUACAAGAGACAGUAAUCCUGGUGAAAACCAUUUCUUUCCAUUGGAUCCUAUGGUUCUUCAUCAAAGCCCAUAGGAUACAAGUGACUGUUGGUAAUAACUUCAAGUAUUACUGAAACAACUGUCGGCUUGAGAGACUUUAGCUUACAUAUGAAGUUCCCAAUAGUAGAAGAGCACAUCUGCAAUGAAGAAAAGGAGAAAAGUCACUGCAAAUGUAAAUGACAAAAAAUGCCUUGAUCACCAGAAGGAGUCUUUUAAUAAGAUCUCUGUAGCAAACUCUGUGCGGGAAACUAUCAUUGAUGCUGCGGGACUUGCUCCUGCAGGCCAGAUUGCAUGUUCCAAAGAACUUCCUCCAUCACCAGAGCAAAGAAGGCUUUUAAGCUCCCUACAGUACAACAAAAAUCUACUGAAAUAUUUAAAUGAUGAUCGACAGAAACAGCCAUCAUUCUGUGAUUUGCUCAUAACUGUUGAUGGAAAAGAAUUCAGUGCCCACAAAGUAGUAGUUGCUGUUGGUAGCAGUUACUUUCAUGCUUACUUGAGCAAAAAUCCAACAGCGAAUGUUAUUAGCUUGGAUCAUGUAACUCAUUCAGUUUUUCGUCAUCUCCUUGAGUUUCUCUACACAUCAGAGUUUCUUGUGUAUAAAAAUGAAAUCCCUCUUAUUUUAGAAGCAGCCAAAUUUUUAGAUAUUAUAGAUGCAGUAAAACUGCUAAAUAUUGAAAAUGUUCCCAGUUUGCAUCAGGAAGAGAAUCUUGAAAACCCAGCACAGCGUGAAAAGUUAAAUGAAUUAAGUGUUAAAGUUCCAAGCAGUCACAAAUGCACUUUUUGCGGUCGCAACUUCUGUUACAAGAAAUCCUUAGCAAAUCACCUCUCCAGAGCACACACUUCCUCUGCAGAGGGAAAAAGACAUGGCCUAAAAAUGGUUGAGGAGUCUGAGAUCUCAACCAGAAGAUCAAUGAGAAAUCGAAAAUGUCCAUCUAAGUUUGAGCAGAGUGACAAUGAAAGUAAUGCUGCAUCUGAUAGCAAUCUAAAUACUGUUGUUGUUGGCCAAGAAAAAAAUGAGUCUAGCAGUGAGUCUGAAGAUAGUGGAAGUAAAUAUAAUACGGAUGGAGAUAGGCAGGAAGGAAACACCUCUGGAGAUGACUCCAAGUCUGAAGAGCAAAGUGAAAAAGAACCUGAAGAGCCAGUUGGUCUGACAGGAAAUAUUUCAGAAGGCCCUAUUUCCAAAUAUAUUCCAGUCAUUGUUCAAAACAGCAGCAAAAAAUGUUUGCAGUGUCCUAAGUGUGAUAAAAUAUUUGAUAGAGCAGGGAAAUUUGAGAGCCAUGCUCGUGUACAUACCGGUGAGAAGCCUUUUGAGUGUGAUAUUUGUCAUCAGCGCUAUUCAACCAAAUCCAACUUAACUGUACAUAGAAAGAAGCACGACAAUGAAAUGGAAUUUCAUAAAAAAGAACACAAGUGUUCAUACUGUAGCAAACUGCAUGCCACCAAAAAGACCUUGAUAAAGCAUGUAAAGAGAUAUCAUCCUGACAAUAUACAGGAGUUUCUUUCCAUUAAGAAGAAAAAGAGUGAUGGGUGGAAAUGUGAUAUUUGCAACAAAUCUUUCACAAGAAGGCUUCAUCUGGACGAACACAUGAUCCUUCACACCCAGGAUAAGCCUUUCAAGUGUACCUAUUGUGAAGAGCACUUUAAAUCUCGCUUUGCUAGACUAAAACAUCAAGAAAAAUUCCACCUAGGACCUUUCCCAUGUGAUAUUUGUGGGCGUCAGUUUAAUGACACUGGAAAUCUGAAGCGUCAUAUUGAAUGUACUCAUGGGGGAAAGAGGAAAUGGGUUUGCUAUAUUUGUGGGAAGUCAGUUAGAGAAAGAACUACUUUAAAAGAGCAUUUACGAAUCCACAGUGGAGAGAAGCCUCAUCUGUGUAGCAUUUGUGGACAGAGUUUUCGUCAUGGAAGCUCAUACAGACUUCAUCUGCGAGUCCAUCACGAUGACAAGAGAUAUGAAUGUGAAGAAUGUGGAAAGACAUUUAUUCGCCAUGAUCAUCUGACAAAACACAAAAAAAUACAUUCAGGUGAAAAAGCCCAUCAGUGUGAGGAAUGUGGAAAAUGUUUUGGUCGAAGAGAUCAUCUCACUGUUCAUUAUAAAAGUGUUCAUCUAGGAGAAAAGGUGUGGCAAAAAUAUAAAGCAACAUUUCAUCAGUGUGGAAUCUGUAAGAAAGUCUUUAAAGGGAAAUCGAGUUUGGAAAUGCAUUUUAGGACACAUUCAGGUGAAAAGCCAUACAAAUGUCAAAUCUGUAAUCAGUCCUUCAGAAUUAAGAAGACAUUAACUAAGCACAUGGUUAUUCAUUCUGAUGCUCGUCCUUUCAACUGCCAACACUGCAAUGCAACUUUUAAACGGAAAGACAAACUGAAAUACCAUAUUGACCAUGUUCACGGAGGAAAGUCUGCAGAGGAAUCUCUCAGCCCAGAGCCGGAAGAGAAGAUUGUUUCCCUGCCAACCCAGUACAUAUCUGAGGACAAGACUUUUCAAAGUGAUUCUAAACCAUCCAUGGAACAACCCAAACCUUACCAAGUGGGAGCCAAAACAGUUCAGAAUGUAUCCCCAGACACUUCGGUGCCAGUAAUGCUAAUACCUGUUCAAAUGUGUGAAAGUCAUUCUGAACUUAUACAGCAUCCUGCUGCUGUUACAUCGUUCCCUCAUGGCAUUCUUCCUUCACAGCCACCUCCAACAGACUAUCAGCCAGCAACAGACCUGGCCUUUCUAGAAAAAUAUACUCUUACUCCACAGCCAGCAAAUAUAGUUCAUCCAGUCAGACCUGAGCAAAUGUUAGAUUCUAGAGAACAGAGUUAUCUUGGAACUCUAUUGGGUCUUGAUUCAGCUUCCUCUGUUCAGAACAUUUCAAGUAAUGAACAAUCAUGAUUACCCUAUAUAUUCAUGUAUAAGUCUAGAAUUUUAGUCACAACAACUCAAAAAACUGGGUCAUCUUAUCCAUGGGUCAGUGUGAGUACUGUACCUUAACUCUUAUAAAAAAGCAUCUCAUUUUCUGAGUAGAGUGGUCAAAGGAAAAAAAAACUUAUCCUGGGAGAACCUAAAAGAAAUACCUAAUCUUCUAUUCUCUCUGUCACGGCACCAGGUCUGGCCUUUUUGAAUGCCUAGGUGGGAAAAUGGCAGGGGUGGCUGAUUCCCUGAGCCAUUAUUUGUGCUUUUCCCUCUCUACAGAAUGACUCUCAACUUAUCCAUGUGUCAUAUCAAAAUCUAUAAUUUUGGCUCCCAAACUUGCCGGUUUGUUCAUGAGGUCAGCUUAUACAUGAAUAUGUCUUAACAGACAUAUUAAAUUAAAUAGAUAAUGAAUUUAAAGAUUAAUUUAGAUCUUUUGAGCUCUUCAGUCAUUUGAAAACUGGUGAACACAAAGAAAAGAAGUGUUUUUAAAAUGCUGUAUUUUACCAUUCAAGCCCUCCUGGUUUUAAAUGUAUAACUUAUGUUUUUAAAAGAGCAGGCUAUUGGAUAUUAGAAUCAAAAAUCUCCAUGGCAUUUUGGGUUAAUAGUGGAUAAUUGUUCACCUUUGUGUGUUUAAUUUUUUCUGCAUCUUUUCAUGUAUGAAAAUGUUCUUGAAAUCAGUUCGAGAAGGCUAUUGGGUACUAGAAUCAAGAAUCUCCAUGGCAUUUUGGGUUAAUUGUGGAUAAUUGUUCAUCUUUGUAUGUUUAAUUUUUCCUGCAUUUUUUCAUGUAUGAAAAUGUUCUUGAAAUCAGUCCUGUUAGCAUCAAUCUAAUGAGGUUAGGUAAAGGUAAAGGUUUUGCCCUGACAUUUAAGUCCAGUCGUGUCCAACUCUGGGGGUUGGUGUUCAUCUCCAUUUCUAAGCCGAAGAGCCAGCGUUGUCCGUAGACACCUCCAAAAGUCAUGUGGCUGGCUGGCAUGACUGCAUGGAGCGCCAUUACCUUCCCGCUGAAGCGGUACCUAUUGAUCUACUCACAUUUGCAUGUUUUCAAACUGCUAGGUUGGCAGAAGCUGGAGCUAACAGUGGGUGCUCACUCUGCUCCCUGGAUUCGAAUCUGACCUUUCGGUCUGCAAGUUCAGCAGCUCAGCACUUUAACACACUGUGUUACUGGGGUCUCCCACACAGUCUAAUGAACUCCCAUGUUAAUCUGUAAAAUGAUUUGCAUCUUACUAUUAGAAUUGGAGAAAGAAUGUCACCGCUGCAGUCCUGCUUCAUUAAGACUAAUGGAGUUUACUCAUGAUAUGAGCGGGAUCAAGGAAGACUACAAAUAUAUUUGACACAUCCACUGGAAAUCCAUUACUUUUAAACAUAAUGUCGUGUUUUGCUUGCUUUACCUAGCUUUUGUUUACUUUCUGGGAAAGCUUCUAAAAUGCAUUAGAAGUAAUGAUAUUUGAUAACUUAUAUUUUAAAUCUCUGUAAAAGCAGGUACAGAAUUGAACAUUGGCUCAAAUAUUUUUGGUUUUCCAGUCUUACUAGUACAGGCAGUCCCUGAGUUACAAACAUCCGACUUACAAAUGGCUCAUAGUUAAGAACGAGGGUGAGACAACAGGAAGUCUACCCCUCGGAAGGGAAAUUAAUUCCUGAAAGAGUAGUUAUGGGGAAAGGGUGUCCCUAGUGAAGCUUUCUCAUCAAUCCUUGUUUCCACAACAAGCCAAUUUUUUCAAAAUCCAUUCCGGGUACGAACAGCUUGUCUCCUAUAAUUUACUUCAAGGCUGUGUUUGUGCUGGUUUUCCUCCCAUUCCUACUGUCUACACUGGCAUAGUUUUGCCAGAGUAGUGUAUUAAUAGAAUUCCAGACAUUAAUUUUAACUACGUUUUUGUCUAUGCUCUCUGAUAAACUAGUCAACCACCAGAUUAACUCAAGAGUAGCUGACAAAUGUAUGUAGACAUCUGAUGGUAAAAGGUCGAUAGAUCUAGACAAAUACUCACUUGUUGGUAUUGAUAGUGACCAGCAUUUUAAAAUAUUAUUUAGAUGACAUUGAAAAAUUCUGAACAUUUCUAAUGCUACUGAGAACUGCCUGGAACGAGUUAUGAUUUAAAGGCACAUUUGAUGUUAAAUUACAAUCAAUUGGAUAGUAAUAUUGCUAUGUAGAAAUGAUUUCAAAAGUGAAACACAUGAGUUGGUCAUUUGAAUAAAUCUUACAAAUUGAUCAUGAAACCAAAAACAAUCAUGGUGACUUUAUUCAGUUCUGUGUUACUUCUACCACAUUUUUACUUUACUUUCUAGUAUCCUGCAAUGACAGCUAUUUUAUGAGCUAUGUAUCCCCUAUCUCUCUCUUGGACAGUGUUGCUUAUAAAGAAUAGGUUUAUGUAGGUGUGAUAGGCACUAAUUUUCUGUUAACCUUUACAGAUGGUGAUGCGGGUAGCUAUUUGAAAUGCAAAUGCACAAAAAGAAGUACUUCAGAUUGUGAGGAUGACAAGUGCCAGAAUUAUGCAGUGAACCAUUUUUAAAUUUAAUAUUUCACGAUGUGGGUUAGAAGAAUGGAAUGAACUAACAUACUUUAGGCAUGCCCCUUAAUAUUUUGAUUCAGCAGGGUGGGAAUUAAAAGACAUGAAGGGAUGCUAGUGCAAAAGAACAUUGUCAGGAGUGUUUGCCAUAAAAAAAAAAUCUGUUUUACAUUUCUAGUUUGCCUUGAAGUUUGAAAUAUUCCAACAUGCUCUGAGUUUUUCAUCUUACUUUCCUACUCCCAAAGUUGGCAUUUCCUUAUUUCACAAAUGACUCUACAAAAAAAAUCUGUUCUCUACACUCAAUAUCGCUUGCUGUCUUUUCUGUCCCUUGUGUUCCUUGCUGUGCCACCUUCACCCGUCUUCAGGAUAUCCUUUGCAUAAUGCUGGUGUAAAUAUACAUACUGUAAAGUUUUCUAUAGCAAUUCCUGCAGUAGAAGAGUCUGUAUAGGUUUGCAUCUGCAGUAUUCUAAGAAUUAUCUGUGACUGAGUUUCAUACUUGCUGAAAUAUUUGUACAAUUCCUUAUUUCUUAAAUAUUUUUAAUUAUUUUAUAAACAUAUUUGAGAAACAC